GUCCCCCAUGUCCAGAGGCAGCAGAUGUCCAACAGAACCUUCAUCACCCAGUUCCUCCUCCUGGCAUUCGCAGACACACGGGAGCUGCAGCUCUUGCACUUCUGGCUCUUCCUGGGCAUCUACCUGGCUGCCCUCCUGGGCAAUGGACUCAUCAUCACCGCCAUAGCCUGUGACCACCACCUCCACACCCCCAUGUACUUUUUCCUCCUCAACCUCUCCCUCCUUGACCUGGGAUCCAUCUCCACCACUGUCCCCAAAUCUAUGACUAAUUCCCUGUGGGGCACCAGGGACGUUUCCUACACAGGAUGUGCUGCUCAAGCCUUUCUGUUUGUAUUUUUUAUUUCAGCAGAGUAUUCUCUUCUCACUGUCAUGGCCUAUGACCGCUACGUUGCAAUCUGUAACCCCCUGCACUACAGGACCCUCCUAGGCAGCAGAGCUUGUGUCCACACGGCAGCCGCUGCCUGGGGCAGUGGGUUCCUCUAUGCUUUCAUGCACACAGCCAAUACAUUUUUACUCCCCCUCUGCCAAGGCAAUGCCCUUGACCAGUUCUUCUGUGAAAUCCCCCAGAUCCUCAAGCUCUCCUGCUCAGAGACCUAUCUCAGGGAGGUUGGGCUUAUUGUGUUCAGUGCCUUUGUGGUCUUUGGGUGUUUUGUUUUCAUUGUGCUGUCCUAUGUGCAGAUCUUCAGGGCCGUGCUGAGGAUCCCCUUUCAGCAGGGACGGCACAAAGCCUUUUCCACAUGCCUCCCUCACCUGGCCAUGGUCUCCCUGUUUUUGAUCACUGUCAUGUUUGCCUACCUGAAGCUCCCCUCCGUGUCCUCACCAUCAUUGGACCUGGUGGCGGCUGUUCUGUAUUCAGUUGUGCCUCCAGCAGUGAACCCCCUCAUCUACAGCAUGAGGAACCAGGAGCUCAAAGAUGCAGUCUGGAAACUGGUAACUGGAUGUUUUUGUGAAGCAAGAAGCUGCCCUUUGUAUUCUGCAUAG